UUUAUUUUCCAUUAAGUUCCAGAUCCAGUUGCCUUGUAUCCUCUCGAUGCCAUACAUAAAACCAAGGAAAUCAAAAACAGAGCAGGCACCGGAAUUGCUGGUGAUGUUUUUCUAGCACCAGGACCAGAUGGAAAUAUCGAUAGCUCUCACGAAUUCCUCGGAAAAGCUCAUAGCCAGUACAUUGAGUUUCCGAAUGUUGGAGCAUUGGAUGUUUGGAACUCCAUGACGAUGCUCUGCUGGUUGUUUCCAGGUGGCCAGGACGGACCCCUUUUCAACUACAAGAUUUCUGGAAGCUGGGGAGUCCAUCUUUGGGUUGUCUCUGGUAAACUGUUUGCACGCUUUACCAAGAGAGAUUACUCAUUUACGCAUGCUCUGAUGCACACUGAACUUAAACCAGAGGAUGGAUGGAGGUUUGUUGGUGCUUCUUAUGACAGCACAUCUGGCUACGCCAAAUUGUGGAUUGAUGGAAUUGAGGUGGUUAAAUCAAAUAUCGGUGCACAUUUGCAUCUGGCCACACAGGACAAUGUUAGAAUGGGAGUAAAAAAUGGAGACGGAAGGUUCUUCAAGGGAAGGAUUGCCCAGAUGCAGGUCUACAAUGUAGCUUUAUCUCAGAAGCAGAUACAGGCCAUACGAUCCAAAACUCAGGUUGCAGCAUGUCAGAAACCUCUAGGAAUGGAACGGGGGCUCAUUACAGACGCUCAAAUAACUGCUUCUUCUCAAUGGGACGAACACCAUUCUGCAGCAAAAGCACGGCUGCACCUCAUGGCCGGUUAUGGAAAACAAGGUGCUUGGUCAGCGGCUGCUAAUAGUCGGAAUCAGUGGCUUAGAGUGGAUCUGGGCUCUAAAACCGAAGUUAAAAUCAUAGGAACCCAAGGAGGGAACAGAUAUGAUCAGUGGGUGACAAGUUACAAGUUAGAAUACGGCAACAAUGGCAGGUCUUUUCGGCAUUACAGAGAUCCAGAAAGCGGCAACGAUAAGGUAUUUACAGCAAACAAAGACAAAGACACUGUUGCAUACCACAAGCUAAACCUUCCCAUGAGAGUGCGUUACAUACGGGUCAUUCCAUGGACUUGGCAUAAUCACAUUACUAUGAGGAUGGAGCUGUAUGGUUGUCCAGUUUCCAAGGGAGUACCAACUCUACCUCACAAGGCUGUUACAACACAAGCACCAGCUAAGGAGCCCGUCUGCAACAAGGUCGUGAAUGUGUUUCUGAAACUAAAAAGACAGCUGGAUGAGCUUGAGAAGGAGCUGAAGAGUUUGCCAAAGAGGGCCGUGGACACCAGUAAGAUUCCUGAUCGUGGUCCUAGAGGAAUGACGCAGACUCCAAGGAAACGCAGGAAUUCCUAGUGCGUUUUGAAACACAGCAGGAUAUUAAUUGUCUCACUUCAAAAAGCUGUACUAGAAUGCUAAUGACCUCGAAACGCUGCUGCAAUUAACGACAGAAGCCACAAUAAAAUACUAACAAAAACCCAUGA